AGUGGGUGAGAUAGAAAUGGUUAAUUCGUGUCUUUCCUUUACUGGGAGUUGUAAUCUUUGCCCGGUGUCGGUUCUUACAGGGCGCUGGGAGACUUGUUGCCAUUCACAUUGUGCAGCGCGUGGCCAUGAGACCGCAGGCAGCUGUGGCCGGUAAAGUCUUUAUCCAGCGAGACUACACAAAUGGAACCUUAUGUCAGUUCCAGACCAAGUUUCCCUCUGAGCUGGAGAAUCGGAUUGACAGGCAGCAGUUUGAAGAAACUGUGAGGACACUGAAUAACAUGUAUGCUGAAGCGGAGAAGCUCGGGGGCCAGUCCUACAUGGAGGGCUGCUUCGCCUGUCUUACCGCAUACACCAUAUUCCUGUGCAUGGAAACACACUAUGAGAAGGUUCUUAAGAAAAUUGCCAAGUACAUCCAGGAGCAGAAUGAGAAGAUCUAUGCGCCCCAGGGCCUGCUGCUGACUGAUCCUAUAGAGAGAGGCAUUCGUGUUAUUGAAAUUACCAUCUAUGAGGACAGAAGCCUGACUGGGAGAUAGGACCUUGCAAAUCUGGAAGACAGACUUUGCUCUGUAUAUAAAACUCUUCUGCUGCGACGAUUGUCCCUGACAUUCCUUCAGUCGCCAUUCCUGUGUCUGCAGCAAUCCCUUGCUGCUUCCUUCAACUCUGUAUAUAAUGGACCCAAAGCACCCCUCCUGUGCCAAUCCUUUGUUGCCAGCCUGUGCUAAGUGACUAUUUUCCGUCAGCUUGACAUGCAGGGCACGAUCUUUAGGAGAAGUUAACACAGAAUAGCCCAAGUGGAUGUACUUUUUGUGGGGGGUGGGGGAAUUGUGCCAAUUGUUUGUGACCCCAGUUUUUAUUCCUUAACAUGAUUUAUUUCAUUUAACUUUAACUUUAGCAGGAGACUCAAUCCAAAGGUGGGCAGUCAGUGAUUAUAGAGAGCCCAUGGUUUCCUGCUGGUAGGACUGGUCACUCAGUAACUGAUUACGUUUUCUUUCUUUUCGGAAAUCAUUUGGGUCCCCGUGUCCAUGAAGAACAGUGUUGGAGAAAAGUAGAAACCGAUAAUAAGUAUUGACUUGUGAUUGAGUGGUAAAGGCAUCAGUUGCCAGAUUAUAGCAGUGCAGCAUGUUGGUUUUUAUUUAGUGGGUCACUGUUCUACAUCAUGCUAAUUCUAGUCAAACGUAUCCCACCGUCACUCCUUUUCUUCACAGCUUUUAGCUGAAUGUCCUCACCCCCCUGUCAGCGGCCUUUGCCCCCCAGUGCUAGUGUAGGCAUUUGCAUUCGUUUAGAAUACAAUAGAAAUAUCACUGGCUGAAAGGAACAUUUUCUUCUUUGUUCCCCAAUGUAUCUUGCAGUAUCUGAUUAGAAGGGAUGUGGCUUCCUUUCCCCAUUUUUCCCACUUUCUUGUAUUAAUAGGAAUAUAUUUACUUAAACACUGCUCAGGACAGCCUUAUUUCUUUAUUGUCUGUACAAAGUGCAUAUCUCCUAAGUAUGCUGUAUGGGAUUCUGAGUACAUGAAAGAGCAAACCUUUGCAAUUUAUCAGUGAGUGUGGAAUGGCUGGUAAUAAAGCAGAUAUCACAUUGAUGCCAGUGUAAGAUUCCCAAGCAGUUCUGACUGUCAGGCUUUGAGCACGUCACAUUGUAUUACCCUUUCUACAUCUAUACUGCAGUUUUAAAGUAUGUCCACAUAAUGUUUUUUUGAGUUGAUAUUCUGUAUAAAAACUACAUCAAUUCUAUUUAGUGAUAGUGCAGGGUCGCCAACAACCUCAUUCGAAGGUCAAAACAUAAAACACUAAUUGCAGCAUUCAUAUACAUUAAUGGUUACCCCACACAGAAAAAGGUUUGCGUUAGAAGUGAUCAUUAUGUAAUAAAAUCUAAUUAGAUGCUUAUUUACUCAUUGGCUGCUUGGUAUUAGUCUAGUACCCCAUUGCAAACUUUGCACUGUGUAUUACCUAACACCUGGAGCAGGGUCCUGUAGUACUAAAGAGCCAAUUUUGCAAGACCAAUAAGCUUUUUAACAUAUACAAAAGUAUCUUAUUGUUAAUCAGGGAACCAAUGUCACAUCCAAUUCACAGUAUACAAACCUUUCUCAUAUAAGAUAGGACUGUUAAUGCUAAAAAAGAUUUUCUUUGCAGAUGGUCAGGCAUAAAUCUACGGAGACUUUCCAUUUACCAGGGAUGCAGAAACAAAUGACUGGAUAUUGCUUCUCUAUAAUGUUUUCUGGCACAGGUUUAUUUUCUAGAUGUUUCUCCUUGAAAGUGGUUGUUGGCAACCCUAUGAUAAAGCCUACUGCCAUUGAAACUCCCACUUUUGUGUACAUUACCUCAGUGUAACAAAUGACAUGCUUUUAUGUAUGGAAUUUAUUAUAAAUAAAACGUAAUUUAUAGGCA